AUGGCGCGGAGGCAAGCUGGGUGGCGGCGUCCACUGCCCAUACUCUUUCUCUUGCUCUGUCUGGAGCAGGCCACACGAACAACUCCAGCGCCAGCCACCCAAGCGCGCUUCUGUGCGCUCCCCCAUGGCAAAAUCCGCAAAGACUCCACUGCAUAUACGAUGCCAGGUUGGAGCAGGCGUGCCAUUGGAGAUCGCACCAUUGUACAGCGUGGCGGUCGUGACAUGUCCAUUGCUGAUCGUGGGCCCAAGUUUGAGGAAUACGUCAGAGAGAAUCUUCAAAAGAUUGACGUAUUUCCUGAAGAGGCGCGACAAAUCGCAGAGCAGAAGUGUGAUUAUCUCCUAUUCUAUCCUCAACUUGGCCAAAAGUGCGACAAAUCCUUCGAUUUUGGUCACACUGAAGAUCUCGUGCGUCUUCGCUACUUGGGCCUCUUGACCACCAUCUUGGACCCUGCCUGCUUGGAUGUCAGCCUGCUUAGCGAUGGCAAGCCAGACGCCAAGGAAGCCGUCCAGAUACAGAACUUUGUUCGCCAACGCGGUAUGCAGCUGCGACGACCAGACACCAGCAGUUUGUCGGAGGAAGGCCACACUGUCCUUUUGCAAGCUAUACGAGGUGGCAGUGGCGGCCGCACCACGCGUUUUGAGUUUGACGUCAUGCGACUUGCAUCGUCGACUGUUGGAGCUUUUGUGCCCCGUGCCUUGCUUUCUCUCAACGGCUUUGGUAAUGUAAUGCUUAUGAAGGUGCAUGCCGAUAUUUUGAUCGCGGCCACAUCGGGAUUUUCGCGCUUGGCUGCCAUGCUUAACAAUCACACUCGAAUGGCCCCCGAACUAGAGUCCCACCCGUUACACAAUUUUGCUGGAUUAGUCAAUGUGCAGCCCUUGCCAGACUUCUGGGACUUGAAUACAUAUGAAAAUGCUGUUGCUAGCGACAGCCUGAAUGAUUAUGUGGCCGCAAUUUCUUCCCAGCUACAAGAGCAAGACUACGUGUCGCACUUGCGCGCCAUAUUGAUGCAGCGCUUGCCAGCUGCCGUGAUGCGGCGGUGCUUACAGCCGUCAUCCCCAACAAGCUCACGCAAUAUUCAUGAUGCGAGUUCAAAGAGUGAGAAUCCUGCGCAUGAUAAGCAUACUCUGGUCAAUCAAAUUCGUGCUGUGCUCAAUAGUCACGGUCAUGGUGACAACUCAAAGGCCGUACAGCAGCUGGAGCGCCUUGCAAAUAUCAGUGACAAUUGA